AUGGACAUCAUGACCCCGCCAGCGCCGACAAUCGAUAUCCGCUCACACGGGCGCAUGUCACUCGCGGACCUGUGCCAGCUCCUCCCAGCGCGAGCGCCAGCUCCAGCCCGCCGGCCUGACCCCGAGCCAGCGCGCCGCCCCCGCUCCGAAGUCGCCCCGCCCGCCCAAUCCCGAGCCCCAACACCGCUACCACUGAGCUACAGCACGUACCCGCACCUCGUCGUCCUAGUAGUCGAGUACACCGCCGACGUCCGCACGCUGCUCGCCUUCCGGAGCAUGUGCCGCGCGCUCAACGUGCUCGUUGACCGGGUACUCGCGCAGCGGCUGGCGACGGACCCCGCGCAGCUCGUGGCCUCGGGUAAGCGCGCCCUCCUCCCGCCUUACACUGUCGUCGACGUGGUGCCCCCGCGACCCUUGCGCGCGGAGCACGCGCCGCUCCCGCACCGGACCUACCGCCACGUCUCGGCACUGCCGCCGGGCAAAGGGACAAGGGCACCAUGCCGCCGAUUGGCACAUGGAUUCUUAGCCGGCGAGGGCAUGCGCGAGGGAAGCAGCAAGUGUAAAAAAAUAAACGUCGUCUUCGUGCCCACCCCGCGCGGCGGCGACACCUCCUCCCCGGCCCCGGCGGCAGAGGGCACCAGCACCCCCGGCCCGAGGGAGGUGGUCAGCGGCUUCUGGCGCCAACGCGACAGCACCUUCUUCGGCGACGUCAUCAACUCCCUGCACAUCGUCGACAGGCUGCCGUACGCCUCCGUCCGACUGCGCGGCGUCAAGCACCUGCCCCCGGGCCUCGUGUCCGCGUCGCUCGGCCCGACGGCAACGCCAGACGAGGUCAAGGCUGUUGCGGGCAGGAUGAUACGCGACAGGCUGGGACAGGACUCGAACAUCAUCCGCCGUCGCGCGAACAUCCUGGACGGGGUGGACGUCGUCGAGGUGUGCUGGGCGAGCGUGUCCUUCUUGGACGACGAGUAG